AUGUCCAAGUUGUCCAUCCUUUUAGCUGCCGUCGCUACCGCUUCCAUGGUCUCUGCUCUAGACACCGCUCAACAAACCGCUGAAUUGCAAGCCAUUAUUGAAGAUAUUAACUCUCACUUGUCUGAAUACUUGGGUCUACAAACUGGUAACUCUGGUUUCCAAAUCCCAGCUGAUGUCUUGAAGGUUUACCAACAAGUUAUGACUUACAAGGCCGGUGACGACUCUUACACAACUUUGUUCAGUGAAUUGAACUUCGAUGAAAUUACUCAAACCAUCGUCAAGUUGCCAUGGUACUCUACCAGAUUAUUGCCAGCUAUUGAAGCCGCUGUCCCAGCUGCCGCUUCUUCCAAGGCUGAAGCCACCACUUCUGCUGCUGCUUCCUCCAAGGCUGAAACCACUACUUCUGCUGCCGCUUCCUCCAAGGCUGAAGCCACUACCUCUGCUGCUGCUUCCUCUUCUGCCGUUGCUAAGACUACUGUCUCCUCUGCUGCUGCUUCUUCCGCUAAGGCCACCGCUGUUUCUCAAAUCACCGACGGUCAAGCUCAAGCUCCAAAGACCGUCUCUCAGCAAACCGCUAACGGUGCUGCUAAAUUCGGUCUAGGUUGUGGUGCCGCCAUUGCCGGUGCCGCUGCUCUAUUGUUAUAA